CCCGCGGAGCGCAUGGAGCGGUGGUGGGAGCGCCUGGCCCUGCUGGGGCUCGCCCUGUGCUGGGCGGCCGCGGCCGAGCGACACACGGUCUUCUGGAAUAGCUCCAACCCCCGGUUCAUGUGGAGCGACUACACAGUGGAGGUGCGCCUCAACGACUACCUGGACAUCAUCUGCCCGCACUACGAGGAGGGGAGCGUGGACCCCCACACCAUGGAGCGCUACACACUCUACCUUGUGGAGCUCGAGGAGUUCCAGGCCUGCAAGCCCAGCUCCAAGGAGCAGAUCCGCUGGGAGUGCAACAAGCCCAGCGCCUUGCAUGGCCCAGAGAAGUUUUCUGAGAAAUUCCAGCGCUUCACCCCCUUCACCCUGGGCAAGGAGUUCAAGGAGGGGCACAGCUACUACUACAUCUCCAAGCCCAUCCACCACCACGGUGAAGCGUGCCUGAAGCUGAAAGUCAUGGUGGCUGGCAAAGGCACUCCGGCACCGCCUGUCCCUGCCUCCACCCAGAAGGGGAGGAUCCAGGCAGAUGAUGCAGCAGCCCACGUGCUGAGGAGUGUGGGGCAGAACUCGGCCAUGAGGGGCAGCAGCCCCUUCACCUUCAUCAGCCUCCUCCUGCCCCUCCUGGUGCCACAGGGGCUGUGACCUCCUCACCAUGCCCAGAUGGAGCCAGCUGGGAUGUUCAGGACCCCCGUGGUCCUCAUGGGAUUGCCAGCCCCUGCACACAUCUGGACGAGGAAAGGAUUUGUCAGUAUUACAGGGCUGGAGGGCCUGAAGCGGAGCUGAGCAGUUGCAGCCCUGGGGUGCCCAGGCACCCCCUGCCUGUGCAGGCAGGAUCCUGGGAGCUGGAACAGGAGCCAGGACUGGAGGGGCUGCAUCCCUGGACUGGAGGGGAGUGUGGGGCUGGCACCCCUGCCCUGGUUCUGAGCUUGCCCAUGGAUGCCCUGCAGGGUUUGUGCUGCUGUGGGCUCAGACUGUGAUGUGUCCUGCAGGCAGGGACACAGUGCUGGUUUUGUGGCCAGCUGGAUGCCACCGGCAGCACCGUGGGACCCAGGUCCCUUGUCACAGACUCUGGGAGCCUGGACAUGCUCCAGAUGCCUGGCAGCCAGUGGAGCGGGGCUCUAGGAAGCCCCCUCUUCUCCAUCCUUGACCCCAUCGCACGUGGUGGCAGGGACAGCUGCCCCCACCCUGGACCCUUGCCCCUUUGCCUGGUGCUGGAGGGGCACCCGCCCCCCAGCAGCCCUCUGUGGGGGGCACUUGGCUUGUCCCCCUUUGUACAGCUUUGUACAGCUUUCUAACAUGGGAGUUUUUAUACGAUUGUGUUGAAUAAAUAACCAAAACCACA